AUGAUCUGGUACUUUCUGUACCCACUCCGAGGAACAACGGAAGCUCCGGUCCUAGCACCUACUCACCCUGUCCGGAGAGCUCUGCAUCGCUAUGGAUCAUAUGCCGCCAGCCAUGUUGUCACGACGCUCCUCGUUUCGGUGGUCGUGGCUACCAUGCUAAUCUAUCCCAUUCCCUAUCUCUUCACAAGCGACUACGUCAAUGGCGCUUCUAAUCUACCUCACCAUGCUUGGACUGUCGCCCAGCCGCUGCCUUAUGGCGCAACAAUCCACCCCGAUGUAAUGAUGCGUUCUAUCUGGGUUCAUGGCAGUUAUAUGCAGGCAUUGAAGCAAGAUCUCCUUGUCUCUGCUUUGGAGCUGCAGAACGAAUUACUUGGAAGCACUGAGAACUUUAGCCCUAUCCGGGCCCGAAAUGUUGCCCGUUAUUUGCCCGAACCUGGUGCUGAUCUUUCUACAACACAACGAGAUGCUUUCCACGCCAUCAAUGGUCUAAAUAACCAAUCUUGGUUCUUCCACUCACCCCUUCAAUACUGGGAUUGUAUUGAAGAGAAUGUUCUGCUUGACCCUAAUAUCCUGGCAACCGUCAACGAUAAAAAGACUCAGUCCACAUCGGUUAAUGUCACACUCAGACAUUCCAUCGUCUUUAGCGGGAAAAGGUUCGAAGAACGGCGUCUUGUUGCCGCUGAUGCUCUUGUUAUCACAUUGAUCUAUCUAAGAGACUCGCCUGUCGGUGAACAAUGGGAGAGGAAAGCCUCCUUGCUCCCAGACAAGGUGUCCAGCAAAUGGGAUAUUUACCCAGCUGAUGGUCGGUCCACCGCGAGCCAGCUGUACGAAUUUCAGUUCCGUCCUAUAUCACGCCAAGAUACGGCCAUACUAGCUAUUGCCUAUGGUCUGACUUCUAUCUAUUUCCUUAUGAGCUUGUCCAAAUUGAGAGCCUUCAAGUCCAAAUUUGGUCUCAUCCUUACGGUCAUUUCUCAGAUCGGAUUUUCCGUCAUGUCUAGUUUCACCGUUUGCGCCAUCUUCCGACUCGAUUUGUCACGAAUCCCCAGAGCAGCCUAUCCAUUAGUUGUUCUCUCUAUGAGUAUUGAAAACAUAUUUAGACUCAUCAAUGCCGUUAUCAUCACCCCUGCCGAGGACUCGACGAGCAAUCGUAUUGGCCAGGCGUUUGGAGAAACUGCUCAUACAGCUAUCGCUAGCUCGUUGCAGAAUGUCUUCCUAUUGUUGGUGCUCUCUCGCUGGGUAUCCCCCGGUGUUUCAGCUUUCUGCAUGUUUGUCGCCGUCGCGAUCGGGUUCGAUCUUUUCUACCUUUCAACCUUCUUUCUAUCCGUUCUUAGCGUUGACGUUAGACGAACGGAGCUUAGCGAUGCGCUUGCAAAGGCUUCAAUGCGCCAUCAUCGUGGCGAGUCUGAUUUCAGACCUCGAGGAACAUGGGAGCUUGUGCUUCAAGGUAAAGCGACUUUGUCGACACGGAUUGCGGGCACUAUCAUCAUGCUUGGCUUCAUCCUUAUCGCCCAGUGGCAUUUCUUCGAGGCCGAUGCGAUUCUCACCUUCUUCAAACACUUGCACAGAGGACACGAUGCUUUGGAAAACAAUAGCUCACCACAAACCUCUCUGGACUCCAUCCACCAAGCGCGAAGCCCAAAAUCGUGGCUUAGACUACAAGAUCAUGAGACAGCACAGGAGAUCAUCAGCAUCAUCAAACCCACAGCCCACAGCUACGUUGCAAGGGUCUAUGAGCCCGUUGUAUUCGUCAUGAAGGGCUCGGAUCGUAUGCCUCAUUACAAGGAACCGACUCUGCUCCCAGCACUUUACGACUUCAUCAAUCAUCAACUCACGCGAUUUGUCGUUAUCAUUCUGGUAGUCAUUGCUGGCGUUCGGCUGCUUACAAGCUUCCUAUUGUGGGAGGACGAAGCUGACGGGGACGAUCGGCGUUCCGACACAGAUCCAACCUUGGACGUCAAGUCUUUCCAUGGAGGCCAUGCCUUGGACAUUGCGAUGCUGACCGCUGCACCUGAUGGCCGUAUUGUGUCGGUUGGUCUAGACCGUGCAAUUCGCAUCUGGGACGCCCGUUCAGGCAGCCUACAUUACACGAUCGCCAAAGGUGAGGAGUCGGAGGAUGCGCCCUUCCCGGUUCUGGCUAUGGCUACGGAUGAUAACUCGAGAUGGUUGGCCAUAUUAUCUCCUUACAAAAUAGCUUUAUGGAACCUCAAGGAGAGCGUCUGGGGACCUUCGAUAGCCGUGAACCUUCAAGGGCAGAAGACAGAGGCAUUCUUUUUUGGCUCUUCCGAUCCAAAGAGCGUCAUUCCUAGACUAAUAUUAGUGCGUCGCAAUGGAACAUUGACCGAGUAUAUGCCGGGUGCAGGCGAGGGAGCAGACUAUGGCAUCUGUCGAAGCCCCUUGGCCUGCGUUCGCCCUUUGAUAGGGAAAAGAAGUAAGCAGGCAGCUCCUCUGGUCGCCAUCAUCACAGCAUCUCGACGUGGCUGCGUUCAUGCAGCAACCAAGGAAACACUGACUUGGAACUCACGAAGUGUGCAGCUGGAAGGGAUUGAGCAUGACGAAGUUCACCAAGUUGUGCCUCUCGCUUCAUUAGGACUCUUUCUGAUCGCUGGAAGCAGCCGAGUUCAUCUUGUCGACAUGGAAGAUUACGGCCUUGUGCAUACCUUCUCGACCGAGCGGAUGACCCAACGUUCCCUGCAGAGCGCGUUCUUCAGUCGCUCAUCGUCGCAGCUGGGAGCUGAUGGACUCUCCUGGUUUAUCUUGUGUUAUACCAGUGCAGAGACCGGCGAUUGUGUAGUACAAAACUUUGUCCCUCGAGAAGAGCACGAAAUGAUUUAUUACCAAAGUCCCGCGGCACCAUCUACUAGAGGUUGGUGUGCCUGGGAAUCUGCCAAGGAAACGAAGAGGCAUAUAUCGAACCCCGGUUCAUGGAGUGUUCUGUCUGAUGGCAGUGUUGUGGGUAUACGGCAAAAGUCCAACAGGACUCUUGUUACCCAAACCAACGGGCAGCGAAAAACGGAGGGUCUUCGACACCGAUCACCACGAAAAGAACCAGGUCGAGACUUAUUGGGACGCUGGGAGAUCUGGAGUGCUCCGCAGAGUGGUCAUUUAAGAACCGAUGAGACUCGACCCCUCUUUCAGGACGAUGAAAGGGCAGGGCAUCUGUUUGUAACAGAACUCGGCCCCAUGAUUCGAGUGGGUCAGAGAUCGAUUGCGUUCAGUUUUGGCAAUGUGGUGAAACUGGUUACUGUUGGCGGGCAUGAACGUUUUGAGAGCAGUGUGACAGACAAGAGCCUCGAGCACCUGAAUGUCGGAAGCAGACGUCGAAAGCCAGGCGCAUUAGUGCGACCCAGGGCUUGGAGCUAG